CACUCUGUUUCUGAGAUUCCUGUGGACUCAGCUACCGCCACUUCGGAAGACCCCGAGCCUCAGCGUCCGGUGGCUCUGUGAAAGGUCUGGGUCAGGCACAUGGCACCAGACACAUGCUGCUGCUCUGGUGUGGCCCUGAGGAGGAGGCUACCAUUCCUGGCCUGGCUGCCUGAAUACUCUCUGCAGUGGCUGAGGCUGGACUUCAUCGCUGGACUCUCUGUGGGACUCACCGUCAUCCCCCAGGCCCUGGCCUAUGCAGAAGUGGCUGGACUCCCACCCCAGUACGGCCUCUACUCCGCCUUCAUGGGAUGCUUCGUGUAUUUCUUCCUGGGCACCUCCCGGGACGUGACUCUGGGCCCCACCGCUAUCAUGUCUCUUCUGGUGUCCUUCUACACCUUCCGCCAGCCUGCCUAUGCCGUGCUGCUUGCCUUCCUGUCUGGGUGUCUCCAGCUGGCCAUGGGGCUCCUGCAUUUGGGGUUCCUGCUGGAUUUCAUCUCCUGCCCUGUCAUUAAAGGCUUCACCUCCGCUGCCAGCAUCACAAUUGGCUUUGGACAGAUCAAGAACCUGCUGGGAUUGCAGAAAAUCCCCCGGCAGUUCUUCCUCCAGGUGUACCACACCUUCCUCCACAUCGGAGAGACCAGGGUGGGCGACGCCGUCCUGGGACUGGCCUCCAUGGUGCUGCUGCUUGUGCUGAAGUUUAUGCGGGAACACAUGCCUCCUCCACAUCCGGAGAUGCCCCUUGCCGUGAGGUUCAGCCGUGGACUGGUGUGGACUGUCACAACAGCUCGCAACGCCUUGGUGGUCACCUUUGCGGCUCUGAUCGCUUAUGCCUUUGAGGUGACAGGAUCCCAUCCCUUUGUUCUGACUGGAAAGAUCGCCGAGGGGCUCCCUCCAGUGCGGAUCCCACCCUUCUCAGUGACCACGGACAAUAAGACCGUCUCGUUCUCUGAGAUGGUGCAGGACAUGGGGGCCGGACUGGCGGUGGUGCCUCUGAUGGGCCUCCUGGAGAGCAUUGCCGUGGCCAAAUCCUUCGCAUCCCAGAAUAACUAUCGCAUUGAUGCCAACCAGGAACUGCUGGCCAUCGGCCUCACCAAUCUGCUGGGCUCCCUUGUCUCCUCUUACCCAGUCACUGGCAGCUUUGGGCGGACAGCUGUGAAUGCCCAGACAGGGGUGUGUACCCCGGCAGGAGGCCUGGUGACUGGUGUCCUGGUGCUGCUAUCCCUGAACUACUUGACCUCACUCUUCUACUAUAUCCCCAAGUCUGCCCUGGCGGCCGUGAUCAUCACGGCUGUGGCCCCGCUCUUUGACAUCAAGAUCUUCAGGAGGCUCUGGCGCGUUCAGAGGCUGGAUCUGCUACCACUCUGCGUGACGUUCCUGCUGUCCUUCUGGGAGAUCCAGUACGGUAUCCUGGCCGGAACCCUGGUGUCUUUGCUCAUUCUCCUGCACUCAGUAGCUAGGCCCAAGACCCAGGUGUCAGAGGGACAAAUUUUUGUUCUCCAGCCGGCCAGCGGCCUGCACUUCCCUGCAGUUGAUGCCCUCCGAGAGGCAAUAACGAACCGGGCACUGGAAGCAUCCCCACCACGUUCUGCGGUUCUGGAGUGCACGCAUAUCAGCAGUGUAGACUACACCGUGAUCGUGGUACUCGGUGAGCUCCUGGAGGACUUCCAGAAGAAAGGAGUCACCCUGGCCUUUGUUGGCCUACAGGUGCCCGUGCUCCGCACACUGUUGGCCGCUGACCUCAAGGGGUUCCGGUACUUCACCACUCUGGAGGAGGCUGAAAAAUUCCUGCAGCAGGAACCAGGGACUGAGCCCUACAGCAUCCAUGAAGACUCUGUCCCAGAGCACAGGGGUCCCCUGCUCAAGUCUCCCUCUGGCCCCUGAAGGGCAGCUGAUAUAGGAAGGGUUUCUGGAAGGUUCUGUCACCAUGACUCGGAGUCACCUGAUACACUCACCAACCUGGCGGCGGGACUGAAAGGGCACUGCAUAGGUGGCUCUGGGGAACAGCAGAGAGCCAUGUGUGAUUUCCAAGGUGUCACUUCCCUGCUGUGCCCUAAGUGUGAAUAUUUGAGGGCUGGGCUAGCUCCACAGUCUUCCAGAGAGAGAGAGAGAGAGAGAGAGAGAGA